CCGCCACCAAGGCAGAUCGGCCCUGCAGCACUGAAGUGCUUGAUGGUUUCUGGAUCAGAACUGCCUUCACGGUUUCUGCUUUCUGCAAGCCAAGUGUGUCUGUCUGGACCUACCUUAGGUAGUGUUGCAGGCUACAUGUCAGAAUGUCUGGAGGUUUCCAAAGGGAGAGAAAACUUCCGUGAUAAUGCAGACGGGCGAUGGUUGGCUUCCUCAGCGAUCUGCGAUCUACGAGCCGCCCCAGAUUCUGCAAAACAAGCCCCCAUCCAUUCCGCUGGCCAAGGCAACCGACCUGGAAGUUCCGUCCAUUGUAACUUUCAACAAACAUAUAUAGGCCCGGCCCUGUCGACGGCAUCAGGUCCGGUUUCCCAGUUUGUGCACCCCCCCGCAGCAACACGGUCCAACGUCUCGACGUGACAGAAAACGAUGGUAGCAUGCCACCCAUGCGACCGCAAGACUUGAGAUCGACCUGCACUCGACCGCGCUCGAAAUGUUAACGAAGAUCGUCCCUCACCGCAGCUGAACUCUUCACGGACGAUUUCUGCUCCCGUCGUUGCACUUGCUAGCGUCGGUCAGAUCCGCAGCGGGCCACCGAGUGAUCUGGUGGUAGGUGCGCAGCCCCCAGGCCACCCCUGCUCUGCAGGUGG